GAGUUAGUUGAGAACCUCUGCGCAAUUCGAACGGUUCAUUCUGGUUCGCACUACGCGCAGUUUAAAGAGCGAACAACUGAGAGAGACUGAGAGCGAGAGCAGAGGUCGCUUCUCAUAUAUUUAAGUAUAUGCAUACAAAUAGAGAGUAGUUCCGUUGAGACCGGUUACAUAUAGAGAUACACACAAUAACAAAAGACUUCGAAUGAGUGAGAAAAGAGUGCGUCGUCGCGUUAUUACGCCGACAACAGAUGCGACCAAUGCAGAUCCACUGCUGAGACAGCGUGAAUUGCAUCUGGAUGACGAAGAGCGAGCCAAUGGCUGCGAGAGAGCCUUCAUUUGCCGCGAGAAAAUCAAAUGGUAUUGGGCUCCGGCGUUUAUUGCCUUCUGGCUGCUCAUCUAUUGCUCCAUCUCGAUACCCGCCUCCAACCAUUUGCCACGCCCACUAACAAUCAAGGAUGAGGCCAAAUACCCUGAUCGUUUCAUUGCCGAGCGUGCUGAGCAAGUUCUGCAUAGUCUGGUAGCCUUGGGACCACGUGUCGUCGGCAGCAAGGAGAAUGAGUUCGGCUCGGUUAGGGUGAUCAGCAGCACCAUGCAGAAGGUGCGAUCUGAGUUGAGCGCCGUCCACGACAUUGAAAUGGACGUGCAAGUGGCAUCUGGCAGCUACAUCCACUGGGGUGCCGUCAACAUGUACCAGAGCAUCCAGAACAUUGUGGUCAAGAUCAGUCCCAAGGGCACCAACAGCAGCAACUAUGUGUUGGUCAACAGUCAUUACGAUACGGUACCAGCAGGUCCCGGAGCUGGUGAUGAUGGAUCCAUGGUGGCUUCAAUGAUAGAAACGAUGCGUGUGCUGGCCAAAUCGAAGUAUCCACUCAAGAAUCCUGUUGUCUUCCUCUUCAAUGGUGCCGAGGAGAAUCCUCUGCAGGCCUCGCAUGCCUUCAUCACGCAGCACAAGUGGGCCAAGAACUGCAAAGCACUGAUCAACUUGGAUUCGGCUGGCAAUGGUGGUCGUGAGAUUCUCUUCCAGUCUGGCCCCAAUCAUCCCUGGCUAAUGAAGAGCUAUCGCCGUGCAAUCAAGCAUCCUUUUGCCUCGACAAUGGCCGAGGAAAUGUUCCAGCACAACUUUAUACCUUCCGACACCGACUUCCGCAUAUUCCGUGAUCAUGGUGCUGUGCCCGGCCUGGACAUGGCAUAUCAGUACAAUGGCUAUGUUUAUCACACCCGUUAUGAUCGUGCAGAGAUCUUUCCGCGCGGCAGCUUCCAAAACACUGGAGACAAUCUAUUGGCUCUCGUCCGCGAGAUUUCCAGUGCACCAGAGCUGGAGGAUACAUCGAAAUACGCCCAGGGACACACAGUUUACUACGAUGUGAUGGGUUGGUUCCUGGUCUUCUACUCGGAAACGGAGGGCAUCAUUCUCAAUGUGGUUGUAUCCAUCGCUGCGAUUGUUAUCUGCAGCAUUGCCAUAAAGUUAAUGUCCAACAACAACGGCAUCAAGCUGGAGAAGGUGCUCAAGCGUACUCUGCACACAUUCGUUCUGCUCAUCCUGGGAGUUGUGGCUGGCUUCUGUCUAACCCUGUUCAUUAGCUGGUUCAUGGAUGUUGUGCAUCUGCCUCUUUCGUGGUUCACACACAACUGGCUGCUCCUAGGUCUCUACUUCUGUCCAUUCUUCUUUGGUCUGGCCAUUGUGCCAGCUCUCUACUUCCACUAUACGGCGACUGAUCGCUUCCCCAUUGGGCAGCGUGUACAGCUGCUGCUGCAUUGCCAUUGCCUGCUUCUGGCACUGCUCACUCUGGUCCUAACCACCUGUGGUAUUCGCUCUGCAUUUGUGCUCAUGCUGUCGUGCUUGUUCUACACGGUGGGACUGGUCUUCAAUCUGGCCACCAAUCUGCAUCGUCGCAAUGUUCUUUGGAUUAUACCGCACAUGGCGUGCUACGUGCCACCGUUUUUGUUCUUUGCUUACUUCUCGCACAGCUUUCUAGUCACCUUUAUUCCGAUGGUUGGUCGCUUUGGUGAUACGGUUAAUCCAGAUCUAGUUAUGGCCGCAUUCAGUAUUGCAGUUGGCCUGCUAAUUGGCGGUAUGAUUGUACCCUUGCUACACAUGUUCCGCAAAUCAAAGACCAUCAUUUGCGCCCUGAUGGGUAUCACCCUGAUCUGCAUUAUUAUUGCCGUGACACCCAUGGGCUUCCCCUACAGACCGGAGACGAGUGUGCAACGCUUUAACGUGUUGCAUGCUAAGCGCACUUUCCACGAUGCUGAUAACAAUGUGCGGAAAUCGGAAACUGGUUACUUUAUUAUGCCACAGGAUAGACGCACGUAUGCGGUGAAAAAUAAGGUAAUUAACAUGACUAUGGCUACAUCGGUGCGUGAGGAAUGCAAAAAGGAAACAUUCUGUGGCUAUCCCUUGUACAACAUGCGCUGGCACAAGACUAGAGAACGCGGCUUAUGGAUACCCGCAUCGGCGCCUAUUUUGGGCACUUUGCCGGCAGUUAAGGUCGUGUCCAAGAAGCAAUUGACUCCCCAUAGAAUACGUUUCGAGAUGGAGCUUACAGGUCCCGACCAUAUGGGCAUCUUUAUACAGCCACUGAAUGGCGCACGAGUAGAGGGCUGGUCCUUCCACGAGGCUCCAUUGCGUCUGCACUUUGAGCCCCCAUAUUAUAUUUACUUUUCCUAUGGCGUCAACGGUGAUCCACUGAAAUUCUGGCUGGAGCUUGAGAAACCAAGUGGAGACUGGAAAACACCCACAGUGGAGCUGGGCCUGCAUGGUCAUUGGACUCACCACAAGGAGAUGUUCACACCAGAUUUUAAGAAAUUCCUUAAUAGUUUCCCCAACUAUGUGGAUGCAACACCUUGGCCAGCAUCCUAUGAGACAUGGCAGUACUGAAAGUGUACAUGAAAUUUAUUAGAUAAGACAAAUGUAUGCACAAUUUGUAUGUGAAAAGCAGGUUCACUAAUAAAAAUAUAAUUGCUGAAUGGCCUUUCUCGCUAA